GCUGUCUCUCUUUCUUCCGAUACCAGUUGCUCCCCCCUCACGGGCCACCACUGUGGCGAGGUGAGUGCCACCGCUCAGGAUAUAAAGAGAGAGAGACGAGUUCGUAUGGUGCACGUCUUUUUAUUUUUAGCCGAACACCCGGCUUUUCCAACAAUUUAUUUAACAAGGGUUUUUCUCUAUACACCACUUCCUCCGUGCAGCACAUCCUCCGUCACCAGCCCCCGUCUGUCUCCGAGAACACCUUUAAAGCACCCAGGCUCACUGUCAAGGUAAUCAGCACAUUGUUAAACAAUUACAUUUAAAGAGCGGUGCUGAUUAGCAAUCCUUAACAGUUGUGGCAUACAGUCCGAGAGCCGCCCCGCCCACUCUCUCUCUGCAGCCAACGCACAAACCACGCCCCCCUUACCACGCGCAUGUUCUGGGAACUCAGUAUAAAAUGCUGCACUGACAUUGUCUCUAUUUAAACAUAUUCACUGGAGAGGAACGUUGAGCUUGGGUCUGACAAAGGUCUGUGACUGAAUUUGCUUCUCCUGCAUUCUGGGACCUGUGCGAGUACCUAAAGAUCAAGCAGAAGCAAAAUAAUAACCAGGACCACCUACAUGAUGAAAAAGCAGAUUACUAAUAUGACUGUAGCUAAAUUAACGGGUAUUUCUCAGUGCCCAGCCUUCCUGGCUAAUGCAAUUACAAGCCAGCUGUCUCAUCCAAAGAAAAGCAUCAUGGGUCACUUUGUCUGGCAGUGUAUGGAAGUGAGCAACACAUGCCUGAUGAAGAAUGCUGUAAAACUUUGUCAAAUACAACCUGACCACAAUAUCCUGGAGGUAGGGUUCGGGGCUGGUAUUGGAUUGCAUGAAGCCACAAAGUUUAUGACGGGCCCGGAGGGCAAGCUGUUUGGUCUGGACCCUUCUGAGUACAUGCACAAAGUGGCACAGGAGCGGCUGGCUUCUCACCUGGGUGCAGGUAAAGUGCACCUUCUGCGGGGGAAGGUGGAGAGCAUUCCCCUACCUGAUAAAUGCAUCCAUGGAGUCUACCACUCCAACUGCCACAUGUACUGGCCCGACAAGACUGCUGCUGCCACCGAGCUACUCAGGGUCAUGAAGCCAGGUGCAAAGAUGGUAGCCACAGUGGACAUGGCGUUCCUCAGGGGUGGGGUCAGGCAGGGCUUCUUCCAGGGCAUGUCUAUAGAACCAGAGCCUUACAUGGAAGCCCUGAAUGCCGUGGGCUUUGUGGAUGUGCACAAGGUAGAUAAGCAAGAUGGGAGCCGAAACUUCCUGGCCAUCUUUGCUACGGCUCCCCCCACCUCAGGGCCACAGUGAGAAUGUUUCGGAGCACUGCGAAGCGGCAAAAUGCUUUUCAGAAAAUUUGAAUCUAGUAAAGAGAAAAAACGUAAAAAGUGAAAUACAAGUCUAAGACUACAAGGCGUUUUCAGUUCAUCAGCAGUACUGUAUUGAAAACAUGUUAAUCAGGCCGCUGAUUCUGCCUAAUGACAAUAUUAUCUGUCCUUCACCUUUUUGAAUAUCACAUUUACUCAUUUUUAAAAAUGUUUUACCCCCCAUUCUCUCCAAUUUUGAAUAUCCAGCCUCAUUUAACAAUACUCAUUGCUGCAACCUCUCACCUCUGCCAUUCUUUCUGCUUAUGUGUUUGUUUAUGGAAAUGAUCUUAACCUAAUGUAACAAGCAUGUCAGCUGUCAGGUAAUGAUAAUUGAAGUCAUGUUUUGGCAAAGCUCUGGCAAGGAAGUGGUUUCAGUGAUCAAAGAGAACUCCCUCCCUAACGGAACAAGCACGCUUAGAAAUUACACUGGAGGAAAACUGUGGUGGAGGUUCCGGAAGAUGCAAAGUUAAUUUCAUUGAAGCUCUCGUCUCUUGCGUCAGUAUUGAAAGCUCCUCAAAGAUGGCUGAACCAAAAGUCUACAGUGCCAAAUGAAUAAUAUACUCUUUGGUGUCUGAACUGUCUAAUAAGAGACUAAUAGAAUAAAGAAUUAAGAAAAAACAGGAAGUAAUUUGCACUAUGUUCAAGGAAUUGUGGAAGUCAAAGA